UGCUUACCCCAAAUGUUAUGAAGCCACGCAAUUUCUGCCCCAUACCGUCUUUCUCUCUCCUCUUGUUUUCUCUCUCCUCUGUUUCUCCAACUAUUUAAACUCUUCUUCUCUGUUCUUAUUCUUCUACCUCUUCUUCGUUUGCCCUAAUUUUUCAGUUCUUCAAAUGAGCAGUGUUUGUACUGAGCAACACAAAUUUCAAUUUCCAUUUCAGUUUCAGUUUCCAUCUUCUUCUUCUUCGUGUUCUUCAUCUUUUCUCAAGGACAUUAACGUUCCGCCGAGGAAGCUUCUUGCUGCGGUGAGACGAGAAAACGGUGAAAUGUGUUCUGAUUCGCCGCGGUUUUCGUUUGCUGUUGAAUCUCUUUUGCAGAAAUUUUUGCCGUUUAAUGGUGAGGAUGAAGUGGAGGAGGAUGGAGAUCCGUAUUCGUCAGAUCAUUUUAGGAUGUAUGAGUUUAAGGUGAGGCGGUGUACUCGUAGUCGGAGUCAUGAUUGGACGGAUUGUCCGUUUGCUCAUCCUGGAGAGAAGGCACGGCGGCGAGAUCCUCGUCGUUUUCAUUACUCUGGUACCAUGUGUCCGGAGUUCCGUCGCGGCGGUUGUGGUCGUGGUGAUGGAUGUGAGUUCGCUCAUGGAGUUUUUGAAUGUUGGCUUCAUCCGGCGAGGUAUCGGACUGAGGCUUGUAAAGAUGGAAAGAAUUGUAAGAGGAAGGUUUGUUUCUUUGCUCAUUCACCUCGUGAGCUUCGUCUUUUGCCUCCUGUGAGUAAUUUUCAAGGCGGCGGCUCUUGUUCUUCGCCGAAUAAGAGAAAUUCUACUCUUAGGUCGGCUUCUGCCGGUUCUAAUCACUGCUGUUUGCUUUGUCAUUGUGGUGGAGCCGCCGCCGCCACUUCCUCACCGACUUCGACGCUUUUUGGAAUGUCUCAUCUGUCACCACCGCUCUCUCCGCCGGUCUCGCCCGGAAAACCUCGGUCAUCGAUGAAUGGAUUUUCGCCGAUUUCGAGGUACAAUAAUCCUGAUCAGUCUAAGUUUAAUGGAGUUUUGAGCUAUAAAGAUGCACUGACUGAGCUGAUGAGCUCAAUUGAAUCCAUGAAUAUCGAUGACGCUAAUGCUACUUUAGCCGCCGCCGCCGCCGCCGCUUCUCCAAGACAGACGAUUCCUUGGAUCGAUGUUUCGUCUCUGAACAAUGAGGAUCAACUACAGUUUGUUCUCUCACCUUCUACUCCAAAUGUCUCCACCGCAUCGAUGAACUUCCCCGUCGAGAACAAAGGUAACAACAAUGGAUGGACCUCCGCCUCCGAUCCGGAUCUCGGAUGGGUUAAUGAUCUGCUGAUGUAAACUAAAGAAGAAGAAGAAAUAACACUUUUUGAGAGGGAACUGUAAAUAUUACACCAUCCGUAUAUAUAGCAGUUAUUAUAUAUAUGGGUGAGGUGUGAAAAAAAAUAGUCAUUAAUAAUCAUUGUGAAUUAUU